ACAUUUAGGAUAUUUAGGAUAAAGGAGAGACGUUUACCUAAAUGAAAUGAUAAUAAUGAUAAUAUUCCAUACGUGUUAGACGUGAUAAACAGAUCAUAACCCUACUAUAAAAAAGGUAAAGUUCACCCAAAAAUUUAAAAUUAUUUCAUUUAUUCAUCCUCAUGUCAUUUUAAACCUGUACGAGUUUCUUCUUCAGAACACAAAAGAAGAUAUUUUGAAGAAUGUGGAUAAUCAAACCACACCCCAUUGAUUUCCACAAAACCACAGAGACAUUUCUCAAAAUAUCGUUCCACUGAAGAAAUACUCACAUGCAGAUUUACAAACACAUGAGGGGGAAAAAUGAUGUUCAUUUUGAGCUGAACUAUACCAUUCAACAUAAAUAUAACGUUUUUAAAUAAUAAAUGUUGAUAUUAUUAGCUUUUACAUUUUUUCAUCCAUAUAUGUAUAAAUCUGUCCUAUAUCCAAGGUCAGUCGUUACUUAAUCGUACACACAAUCGUACUCUUCUUCACGUGAUUUAUUUACUCUGUCUGGUAUUAGUUGGGGGGGUAGAUGGGUGACACUUAUUUAGCCACAGUGAAAGCACUUCACAUGCAGCUGCUCCGGUGUGCAGACAGACACACACACAGACAGACAGACAGACCGACAGACAGACAGUGAUGUCCUCAUCAGGUAAUGUCUCAAACUUCACCAACAGGUUCGCGCAGCCUCCGUGGCGCGUGGCGCUCUGGUCGCUAGCGUACGCGUUGGUUUUGCUCGUGGCCGUGACGGGAAACCUGAUCGUAAUCUGGAUCAUUGUCGCCCACAAGCGGAUGAGAACGGUCACCAACUACUUUCUGCUUAAUCUGGCGGUGUCGGACGUGUCCGUGGCCGCUCUCAACGCACUCGUGAACUUCGUGUACGCGGCGCACGGCGACUGGUACUUUGGUGAUGCGUAUUGCCGCUUCCAAAACUUCUACCCGGUAGCUGCGGUGUUUGCGAGCAUCUACUCGAUGAGCGCCAUCGCCUUAGACAGGUACAUUGCGAUCAUCCACCCACUGAAGCCCCGCCUCUCUGCAACAUCUAGCAGAUGCGUGAUCGUGUUGGUGUGGAGUCUGGCUGUGACUCUGGCGUUUCCUCUGUGUUAUUACUCCACCACUCGAGUGAUUCCACACCGCACGCUGUGUUACGUGGCCUGGCCGAGACCCUCACACAACUCCUUCAUGUAUCAUGUGAUCGUGGCAGCGCUGGUUUAUGUUCUGCCUCUAGCUGUGAUGGCCGUCACUUAUACCAGGGUCGGACUCACUCUUUGGGGGGGUGAAAUUCCAGGACAUUCCUCAGAAAAUUUCCAGGAUCAUCUUCAGGCAAAGCGGAAGGUUGUGAAGAUGAUGGUGAUUGUGGUGGUGACAUUCGCUGUGUGUUGGUUUCCUUAUCACGCGUAUUUCAUCGCGACGGGUCUAAAGCAAGAGCUGAAUAAAUGGAAGUGGAUCCAGCAGAUUUAUCUGUCUGUGCUGUGGCUCUCCAUGAGUUCCUCAAUGUACAACCCCAUCAUCUACUGCUGCCUGAACAGCAGGUUCCGUGCUGGGUUCCAGCAGGUCUUCCGCUGGUGUCCUUGCAUCCAGGUAUCAGACUAUCAGACUGAGUUAGAGGUGCAGACGGCACGUUUCCAGCAGCACCGGCAGAGCAGUCUUUACACAGUGGCACGUGCAGACUCGUGCCCCGAAGCGAGCAGCACUCGGCGCAAGAGCUCGUACACCAGUCACCGUGGCGGCAUCAACGGUCACCCGCAGCUGAAUGCAGUUUUUACAUAGUCACUAGUGGUUGACCGAUAUGAGUUUUUUUAAGGGCUGAUAUUGAAAACGAUUUCUCUUAUAUAUCGCUUUACUUUACGAAUAGUCAGUCAUUGAAAGAGUUGAGCUGAGGUCACAAAUCAGAUAUUUGUAUUAAAAUAUCUCAAUUCAUAUGUGCUUUCAUCAAACCCCAGUAGAAUUACCACAUAUUGUCCAUUGUGUUUCCAUUCUGAUUGAAUUAUCAAAUGAAAAAAGGAUUCACAUUAUGUCUUUAGAUGUCAUUAGAGGUUCCCGUAUUUACCUAUUAACUUUUUUUGUAAAGAUACACAGUGGUGUUCAAUAGAUAUCUAAAGAUAUCAAAAUAUCUAAAACUUCCUUAAUCAAUAAGAACUUGACAAGAGAAGUGACCUGAGACAUUUAGUCUUCACUCUAAAAAAUGCUGGGUUAUUUUCAAUCCAGCAUUGGAUCAAAAAUGGAUGAACCCAACCCACUGGGUUGUAAAUUAACCUAUGCUGGCUCAUUUUAACCCAUUGUAGGGUCAAAUAUAAACCAUUUGGCUAAAUUUAACCCAAUGGUUGGGGUCAUCCCUUUUGACCCAAUGCUGGGUUGAAAAUCAUCCAGAAUUUUUAGAGGGUUGUUUUAUGAGAAAUAAUAAAAGUAAGUAAGUUUAUGGUAAAAAACCUGUCAAUGGGGUAAGAAAAAUAAACUUUAACUAGGUACUUGAAAAAAAAGUUUAUUUUUCUCACCCCAUUGACAGAUUUUGACUUGUUUUUUACCAUAAACUUACUUCAUUUUUAUAAACUUCCUUAUUUCUAAUAUUUUCUUUCAUAAAACAAGACAAAAUUGAUCUUGAAUCACUUUUCUUGUCCAAAAAGUUUAUCUUGAUUAGAGAAUGUUUAGAUAUUCGUACUAGAAAACAAGAGAAAAAUGUUUAGUAAGAAUGUCGUUUUUUGCCAUGUAGGCUAAGAUGGACAUUAUUUCUAUUUGGAUCGGAUGACUCACUCACUGGUGCAUUUUGGUUUUGUACAAGUUUUAUCAGUACCCUGGGGAUCGAACCUGCAAUCUUUGCAUUGCUAUCAUCCCACCAAUUGAGCUACAGGAACACAUUUCUGUGAAAUAUUUAGUUUAACGUUUCAUUUUCAUUUUUAAUGAAAAUUUGUUAUAAAUUUUGAAUGACUGUAAAGUAAACUCAGAUAUUUGGAUCCCACUGUCAGUAUAGUUAUUUUUAUUUGUUAGUUUUUUGACCUAUUAUGAAGUGUUUUUACUGCUAAAUACAUGUUCGGAUCUGUAAUGUGCAGAUUGUUUUGUGGCAGCUGUAUAAUCCUGUUGGCAGUGUGUAGUGUCCCAUUUCUUUUCAUUGAUCUGAUCACAGUAGUGUCUGAUACAUCCCAGUGAACUGCUAGACCCGUCUGAACACAGUGAAGACAGAUCAUGUGUGUGCUAGAUUAAAGUUCAGGUAUGUUUUUGGACUGGUUUUUGUGCACAAGGACAGCAGAUGAAACACUGAAGAGCUGACAGGUUGAUCUGUGUAGAACUUUUGUACAGAAAGCUGAAGCAACCUUCAUGUCGCUAACCAAAAACUUUGCACAGAAAUCACAACCUGUUGGGUGACAACAGAUCGGUGGAGACCUCCAGUCUGAUACACUUAAGUGCUGGCUGAUGCCUCUGUUGUUUUUAAUGCUUUCUUUUUUAUAUCCUCAUUUUUUCUUUAAAAGUGUAUUGGUUCAGUGUUUAUACCAAAAGUGUUCAAAUAAAGUGUUGUGCUGUG